GGGAUGGACACUGGCGUCAGAGCUGGUCCCUGCUGUUCCCUGCCACGUACAGCCCCGGGACAGGGACACGGAGGAGCCGGGAGCAUGGCAGGAGCUGCGGCCCCCGCGGUGCAGGGCACUGCACCCACCCGGCACGCCCCCAGGUCCCAGCGCCAGCCCCGAGGUCCUGUAUGGCUCUGCCUCAUGCUCCUGCUGCCCACCUCUGCCUCUGCCACCACCACCAAUCCUGGCAUCAAGGUCUGGCUGACCCAGGGGACACUGGAGUUUGGCCGGCGCUUUGGGCUGGAGCUGCUCCAGUUGAUGCUGCAGAGGGAGCAUGAGCUGAACCUGACGGGUUCCUACAACAUCCCACUCCUGGGAACUCUCACCUACGCUGUGCCACGGAUCCACAUCCACGAGCUGCAGAUGAACGAAUCCGCGCUGGGCUUUGCUGAGGACGUGGGGGUGAGGCUGACGGUGCAGCGCGCCCGAGUCCAGCUCAGCGCCGACUGGGCCGCCCAGCUGGGAGGCGUCCAGGACAGUGGCUCCGUGGAGCUCCGCAUGCAGGACGUGGCCGUGGCAGCGGUGCUGGGGGUGAGCGAGGACGGCAGCGGCCGCCCCACGGUUUGGAGUGCUGGCUGUGACACCCACGGCACCCACCUGCACAUGGAGUUUCACCGUGGAUACAGCUGGCUCUACAACCUGCUGGCCCCUCUGCUCCAGAGAACCCUGCGGCAGCAGCUGAACAAGCAGCUCUGCCUCGUGCUCCACAGGGGCGUUGACAGGCUGGACACUGCCCUCAAGAACAUGAAAGUGUCCACCCAGCUGGACACCAUUGCUGCCAUCGACCACUCCCUGCUGGCACCGCCAGCCUUCACAGAGGAGUAUGGGGACGUUGCCCUCAAGGUAAUGUCAUCCUGGGAAUUCCUGGGCCAGAUUUGGGAACUGGGGAGCCUGGCUGAUCCUCAAUCCAUCUGUGUGCCUGUGCAGGGAGAGAUCUUCAGGGUGGGCACGUACCCACAGAGACCCUCAGCAGUGCCUGCGGUGCUGCCUGUGGCACUGCCCGUGGCACUGCCGGUGGCACUGCCCGUGGCUUUGCCCACGCCCCUGCCCACGACACCGCCCAUGGCACGUGAGCCCAUGCUGCUGGUGGCUGUCACCGAGUUCGUCGCCAGCUCGGCCGCCUUCACCUACUUCACAGCCGGGGCCCUGCGCAGGAACAUCUCCAGUGGCAUGCUCCCCCGGCGGUUCCCGCUGCAGCUGAGGACCAAGAGCAUGGAGGCGUUCGCCCCUCAGCUGCAGGAGCGCUAUCCAGACCAGCCCAUGGAGCUGCACCUCUGGGCCCGCCAGCAGCCCCUGCUCUCCUGCCAUCCUGAUGCCCUGCACGGGACCCUCUUUGGCUCUGCCGAGGCCUUCGUGGUGCUGCCCAACGCCACCCGUGUCCCUGCCUUCCUGCUGAACAUCGAUGCCAACGUGACGGGGAAGCCGACAAUCAGCGGGAACAGACUCGGGGGCACAGUGAGACUGACAGGGCUCCAUAUAACACAAGUGGCAUCAAACGUGGGCCCAGUGGAGGUGAAGCGUCUGGAGACCCUGCUGAAGUUCGGGCUGUGGCUUUUUGGGGUUCCCCGGGCAAACAAGUGGCUCCAGGCUGGCAUCCCCCUGCCCCUCCCGCACGGCCUCAGCCUGCUCAGACCCCGGCUCUCCCUGCAGCAGGGCUUCGUGCUCAUUGCCACGGACCUGCAGUACGAGCCGUGAGAGCGCCUGCCUCGUGGGAGCCCUCCAGCCCUGUCCCCGUCACCAUCCCGGGAGCCCUCCAGCCCUGUCCCUGUCACCAUCCCGGGAACCCUCCAGCCCUGUCCCCGUCACCAUCCCGGGAGCCCUCCAGCCCUGUCCCUGUCACCAUCCCGUGGCCAUCGUGUCCCCGCGGCUGCCGAAGCGCCCAACCGCGGGAGCACCGAGCCCAUCCUCGGCGGGGAUUAAACGGGAGCGCAGCCCAGCCCGGCGUGCUCUGGGGUGUCCCGGGGAGCCCCCUCACCCUGUGUCCCGGGCAGGGUCCCAUUCCCGACCCCACGACGGGGCAUGGCUGUGUCCUCUGCUGCCAGGGGCUCCGGCUGUGCCCUGCUGGGGUCCGGCCCCUCUGGGGGGCUCCGGGCAGGUGGGGACGGGGCUGGUGGCCCUCGGGGACUGGGGUUCCCUGCAGUGCUCGCGGCUCUCUUGGUCACGGUGGUCCCCGUGCAGCUCCUCCCGCUGCCCACGGGAUGGUGCUCGUGUCCGCGUCCCGGCUCCCACCGCGUCCCCCGGGCCACGGAGCCCGCCCGGGCCCCGCCGCUGCCCCCGCCCCGGGGGUCCCCGAGAGGACAGGGGAGGGGGCUGGGGAAGGCUGUCCUGCCGUGACAGGGAUGUGGGGUGGCUCGGCGUGCCCCAUGCUUGUGACAUCCCAGAAAAGGCGGAGUGUUUGUGUGCUCCAAACCGCCCUGAAGGAGCCCCCACAAAGGGAAGGUGCUCCUUUGGAGGGCAGCCCCGGGAAUGCGGGGGGCUGUGGGUCCCAGCGAGGUUGUGAGACCCCUGCCCUCCUCCUCCCAACGUGACAACGGGUGCUGAGCCCAUGUCCCCAAAACCAGCACCCCCAGCCAGCUCAGAGCCUGCCCUGGGCUCCCUGUCCCCAUCACCCCUUAGUGCCCC